UCAAACGCAGUCGUUUAAAACUUCACCAAACUCGAAAGUUCAGUCUCAGAUUACCGAAUCCGACAUAAUCAUUCACCGGAAUUCCUCAUUCAGAAAAUGGCUUUAGGUGGAGGAGGUCCUCAAAGAGGAAGUGCAGCGGCUACCGCAAGCAUGAGGAGAAGGAAAACAGCAGGUGGUGGGGCCUCUGGCGGAGCAGCUGGAACUAUGCUUCAAUUUUACACUGAUGAUGCCCCUGGACUCAAAAUCUCCCCUAAUGUGGUUCUUGUAAUGAGCAUUGGCUUUAUCGCUUUUGUUGCCAUCCUUCAUGUGAUGGGCAAGCUUUAUUUUGUGCGCAGGGAGGCUUAAUAGAUAUAAAGUCAAGAAGUUGGGUUUAUUUUUGUACUUUAAAUAUACACAGUAUACACUUACUUUGUUAAUGAACUUAGAUUUCUGUUGCUAGACCCACAUAACCCCUUGUGAUAUUAUAUUUCUUUUUGUUCUUUUGGUACAAUCUGUUAUUAUUUUUA